AUGCCUAUCGAGAAUCUAGAUCUCCUACCUUCUUCUGGCCUCACCAUCACCAGCAGCCCAAUCUGCUUGAGUGGUGGCAUCAAGAUGGCUCUCGUGGAACUUCUCCAAGUCCAACUGACCCCAGCCCAGGCCAUUGGCCUGAGCUUCCUAUCCGUCGCCCUCUACAUUCUCUCCAACGUCUUCUACAACCUCUUCCUCCAUCCCCUCCGGCACUUCCCAGGCCCCCUCCUUAACCGCGUGACUCGUAUCCCAUACUCCUUCGCCCACAUCCGCGGCACCCGCCCCUUCGACAUGCUUGCUCUUCACCGGCGCUACGGUCCUGUUGUCCGUGUCGCCCCUAACGAGCUCGCUUUUGCGGACCCUAGGGCAUGGAAAGACAUAAUGGGUCAUCGGGCAGCAGCUGGCGCCAGCACCCUACCCGGUGAUGGCAGUGAACAUGCAGCCGCUGGCCAGGGAAAGCAUGAGUUACAAAAGGAAAUGGGCAAGUGGAUGAAGUUCUACCGGCCCGUCGACAACAUUCCAAUCGAUAUUACCAACUCUGGGCGGGAGGAACAUGCUCGCUUGAGGAGAGCACUGAGCCACGGGUUUAGUGAUCGGUGCAUGAGGGAGCAGCAGCCGUUGAUAAAAGGAUACAUUGAUUUGUUAAUUCGUAGGCUCAGGGAACAUGGACGGGAUGGCACCGUGCCAGUUGAUAUGGUGGCGUGGUAUAAUUUUACGACGUUUGAUGUUAUUGGGGAUUUGGCGUUUGGUGAGAGCUUUGGUUGCCUUGAGAACUCGAGAUAUCACCCCUGGGUGAAGGCCAUCUUUGAUGUCGCCCGGGCAGGGACUAUCUUCCAGUGCCUGGUCCAGCACUUCCCGCCAUUGAUGAAGCUCUUGUUCUGGAUGAUUCCGAAGAGGGUCUUCAAGGAGCAUGCCAAGCAUAACGCCAUGGCGGCGGAUAAACUGAAGCGGCGUAUGCAGAUCAGAGAGCAACGGCCAGAUCUCGUUAAUGGGUUGUUGAAGAGGAGAGACGAGUGGGGUCUCACUCUCGAGCAACUCGUCGCCAACAGCGGUAUCCUUGUUAUUUGCGGAUCGGAGACAACAGCAACCCUUCUUUCCGGCGUGACAUACCUACUCUGCACGAACCCCGACGCAUUGAGGAAACUCGCGGCCGAGAUCAGGGGCGCCUUCAAAUCCGAAGAUGAGAUCAAUUUCUCGAGCGUUAGCACCUUGCCCUAUCUCCUGGCUUGCCUUGACGAAGCGCUGCGUAUGUAUCCCCCAGUGCCGAUCGGUCUGCCACGGGUAGUCCCGGAGGGAGGAGCCAUGGUUGCGGGACAUUAUGUUCCGGAGGAUACUGUCGUUGCCGUCCACCAAUGGGCAAUGUAUCACAACGAGGAGCACUUCAAGGAUCCGUUCAAGUUCCAGCCUGAGCGUUGGCUGGGCGAUCCGGCGUUUGCAGAUGACCAUAAGGACGCUUUCCAGCCGUUCCAUCUGGGUCCUCGAAAUUGUCUGGGCAAGAACCUGGCGUACAUUGAGAUGCGUCUUAUCCUCUCCAGGAUUCUAUGGAACUUCGACCUGCGUAUCUCGAAUGACAGCUUGAACUGGAUGGACAACCAACGGAUAUUUAAUUUGUGGGAGAAAGGGAAGCUCAAUGUAUAUCUCACCCCUGUUUCUAGGUAG